AGCCAGGGUCGUAAGCCACGUCCCUGACUAGGUCGAGAGCCUCACACUUCUGCAGCACGCCACCUCCUACCGCAGGCGAGCAAUGGCCGAUAUCCCGUUGCGAGUCAUCUCCGAGAAUUCCUCGUCCGAGAGGCGAGUCACACCGUCGUGGUCGAUCAGCCAGCUGAAAAGAAAACUCGAGCCGGUCACAGGAAUUCCGCCUUCGUCACAGCGUAUCAGCUUGAAGACUCCCUCCAACGGGACCGUCGCUGUCGAGGCAGCAGACGAAGACGCCGCGCCCCUGUCAGACUUCCCUCUGUCCGCGUAUGCAGAGCUGCAUAUCAUUGAUCUCCGGCCAGUUAGCGCUAGGCUGAAUUUGAAUGACACCUCUGGCGUCGAGAAGUAUGUCAUGUCUGCGGAGGAGUAUGAGCAGAAAUCCGACUCGGUCUUGGCCUGGAAGAAGGCCGAAAAGCUCGGUCGAUUCAAUCCGAACGCUCCCAGCCUGGAGAAAGCCAAGAUCGAUGGCUUUAAUUCCGAAGUCAAGGCUAGGGGAAUAGAGGUAGGCAAACGGUGUAGGGUCGGCGGCGACGACUCUCGCAGGGGUGAGAUCAAGUACGUCGGUGAAGUCAAAGAGAUUCCCGGCUCCAUUGGGGCUUGGGUGGGAGUCCAUCUCGACGAACCGGUUGGAAAGAACGACGGCAGCAUUGGGUCCACUAGAUAUUGGGGCUCCGAAUCAACCCUCAAGCACGGCGUCUUUGUCAGGCCGGAGCGGAUCGAAGUGGGCGAGUGGCCAGCACUUGAUGAUUUGGAGGACAUGGAGGAGAUAUAGUGGGGAACCUCGCCCUUCCUUCAGUUACGAUUCCUCAGGCCACCGACGCGCAUCGCUACCGAAUAGUGCGUAACUUCGACUUCGCAGAAACAACCUAGCUCAGAUCAUCUCGGGACGGCGCGCGGGGUCUUUAGCCUAGCCUCCGAAUCGAGUUCAUAACCACCCUUGUAGUACCAGCUUUACGGACAAGAGCACAAGCGGUUCGGUCUUCGAUAUUGGAUACUGACACCAUGAAACCCCCUUCAAUAAUUGGGCGUCUCUGCGUAAUUCUGCGUCCUUACCAUACACAUGUACCAUCGUACGCGCAUAUAUAUACAAGUGGACCAGACCGCAUUACCUUGUUGAAAGAUGCAACAGUCGCGGACCACUAACAACAACGACAAGGUCUUGAGGACUGACUUCGUGUA